AUGUGGCUCUAUCGUGGCGCGCAAUCCGCGGUCUUCUAUUACGCGACUUGCACACCAUGUGCAAUGAGCAUCGACCGUCGGAAGCGCAAGAAGGAUGCUGCACGAAUCCAGCGUCUCAAUGAGAAAGCCGCCGCCGACCUCGUUACCGAUCAACCCCGACCGUUUCCGCAGCCGACCGCGUUUAGCACCAACGAGGGAUGGACCGAAGAGAUAUCAUUAGGGCCAGGACCUCCGACUCGCCGAGGUGGAAAUCGAAACAAUGCGAGGACGAACAGCUGGAAUACGGAUCAAAGCUCGCAGUUGAAGAAGGAUAAGAGUAGUGGCCUCAUGCAACCUCUGAACGACCGAUGGAAAUCUAUGCGGUACCAGCGUGAAGACGAACCUCUCUGGGGUCAGGAAGUUCGAGGAUCGUCCAUUGGAUUUUCAGGUCGCGGUCGUACCGAUCACCAGGAACCGCCCAAGUAUUAUGCAGCGCGUGUACCCCCUGUCAAUGAUCUACAUCCGCCUAUCGUGAGUGGGCCCCGGAGCCGCGCCGAAACUAGAUGGAUGCUUCAGCCGCCACCCAGUGCGAAGGUCAUGGCUGGAAAGGAACGAUUCGAUAUGUCGUCUCCUCGAGACAGUAUGGGUGGCUUCAAUGACUGGCCAUCCCGCACGAUCAGGGGUUCCCCCAUCCACGAAGAAGAGCCCGAACACAUCAGCAAGGAGGUUGAAGACGGCACGGUUGAUACCACCGGAAUUCAGCAACAAUUGCCUCGUCGACCAUCCGUUACACGUGUCCGGGCAAGCUAUGAGAGUGCUAUUCACGACGACUUUGAUCGACUUCGGGACUCUCGAUCCGACUCCAUGUCCUCCGUGGCCGACGAUCAAUCCUUCAGCACUUCAUGGAAGUACCCCGACACCCCUACGACACGGCCGGCUUCCAACUCCACCGAAGGCAGCAUCAAGGCACCUCGUCCACAGAUCUCAAAGACGUUGUCUACCUUGCAACGCGGCGAUGGCAACAAGCACAAGGUCCACCUGCUGCAACUGGAGAUCAACGAUGAUCGAGACGAAUUUGGUGUCGGCCAGCUAGAACGCAUUCGCCCAUGGCGCUGGAGCAUGGAUAUAUAA